AUGGUAAGAGCCAGAGACGAUCUAUGCAUCACCGUUCCCACUUUCUUCAAGUGCCCUAUUUCUCUUGAUGUCAUGAAAUCCCCUGUCAGCCUCUGCACCGGAGUCACCUACGACCGCUCCAGCAUCCAACGCUGGCUCGACGCCGGCAACAACACCUGCCCCGCAACCAUGCAACUCCUCCAAACCAAAGACUUCGUUCCCAACCGAACUUUACAAAGCCUCAUCCAGAUCUGGUCUGACUCGCUUCGUCACUCAGCCCUUCCCCAACAUCUCCUCUCCCCGGACCAAGUCCUCCCAACCCUCGCUCAAUUGGAAACCGACUCUCUCCGCUCCGCUUCGCUAUCCAAACUCCUCCACUUCGCCAAAGAUUCUCACCAUAACAAACUCUUCCUUGCCAAGCUAGAAGGCUUCGUCGACCGACUAGUUCGUUUCCUCGACAAUGUCCACGGAGGAAUAAUCGCCAGAGCUAGUAUUGAAUUUCUCGAACAAGUCGUCGUGCUGCUAGGGUUGAUUCUCGAUUGCGUCGAGGAUUGCGAGGGAUUGAGAAACUCUUUGCUGAAAGGAGAUACACGAAGCAUAGAUUCCCUGCUUCUCGUUCUUCAACGAGGAGGUUGCGAUUCGAAAAUCGCCUCCGCUAGGAUUCUGGAAUUCGUCGCCGCGGACGCGGAGUCGAAGAUUUUAAUCGCUGAGAAGGAAGGCGCGGUGGCCGAAUUGCUGAAGUCCGCGGCGCCGGAGAAAGAUCCGGCGCUGGUCGAGGCAGCGCUGGCCAGCCUUGUCGCGAUUUCGGCGCCGAAGCGGAACAAAUUGAAGCUGGUGAGUCUCGGCGCGGUGAAGGCGAUGUCGAGGCUGUUGCUGACGGAGGCGAAGCUGGGUGCAGCGGCGGUGGAGAAGGUGCUGAAGCUGGUAGAGACGGCGUCGUCGACGAGGGAGGGGCGGAGGGAGAUAUGCGAGGACGCGGCGUGUGUGGCGGCGGUUCUAAGCAAGGUUCUGAAGGUGUCGAACGUGGCGACGGAGCACGCGGUGACGACGCUGUGGAGCGUGUGCUACCUGUUUCGCGAUCGCAAGGCGCAGGAGGCGGUGACGCAGGCCAAUGGCUUGACCAAGAUUCUGUUGCUGAUGCAGAGCAACUGUGCGCCGCAAGUGCGCCAAAUGUGCACCGAUUUGCUCAAGAUUUUUCGUGUGAACUCCAAGUCAUGUCUUUCGUGCUACGACACCAAGACCACUCAUAUCAUGCCGUUUUGA